UCUUUAAUUGUCAACUUGAUUUAGAACAAGUGGUACAGUAGUACGGAUUUUUCUCGUUUACUGCAGAUGUUAAGUGAAAUUACUACUUUUAUAAGCACUGAGCACUGCUUCGAUGCAAUGCGUUCCGGACAAACACAGAGGAGUAGGUUUCGUUCAUCCUAACGCAUGGCAAGGAUGGCCGCGUCUGGUUCCGAAAUUGAUGACUUCUUGAACGGGCCUCUAGUUUCGUGGCUAAAAUCAUGUCUUCCAAGUCCAGAUGUCACAGAGUAUUCGUCUCUGUUCAAUGGAGACAUCUUACAUCAAGUGUACCUUCAGAUAGACCCAGAGCCAUCAUGUCAUAUCACAAAGCUUGCUGGGCUGGAAGACCAAGCCCUGAUAUUAGGUAGAGUGAAGAACUUUGAUGCCAUUAUCAAAAAUGUGAAGAGUUUGUACGAAGAAGAGCUUGGUAUGACACUCUUGGUGGUCCCUGAGUGUAUAUGCUUGGGCAAGGCACCAGAAUCUAGAGAGGGUCUGGAAACUAUGAAGCUUUUGAUCUUGCUUCUCCUUGGUGCAGCAGUACAGUGUCCUAAUAAAGAACUGUUCAUCACCAGGAUUAAGGAACUUAAUGUUGAUCUGCAGCACAACAUUGUGGAAUGCAUCAAACAGGUUACAGACAUGCAGACUGUGGUAUUGACGCCAGACGCCAUCGAUCUUUUUCAAUCACCGACGAUGUUUAAUCACAUGCGUCGGCUAGCUAAAGAACGUGAUCACUAUCUACAAAACUGGGCUUCACUAGUACUUCACGAAGGUUUGUGUGAGAAUGACAAUGAGAACAAAAAUGGAAAGAAUAGGUCUACACAGAAUGUCAACCAAAAUAAUGGCGAUAGCCAACAUCUUGCUGUGGAGCUAGCUGAUUGGAAAGCACGUCUGAGGAAGCAAAGACAAGAAUUGGAAGAAAAAUCAGAACAGUUAUCCGAAUGUCGUGAAGAAUUAGAACACACCAAGCUAGUGUUAGCCAAGUUACGCUCUGACAGCCAAGAAUGGUUCAAUGAAGCUAGAAAAUCAGCAGGCUAUCGAGAUGAAGUUGAUGCUCUUAGGGAAAAAGCGGAGCGAUGUGAUAGGCUGGAACAAGAAAUUCAGCGGUACCGUGAUCGUCUAGCGGAUGCGGAGUACUAUAAAACUCGAGUUACAGAACUUCGCGAAGAUAAUAAAGCUUUAAUGGAAACAAGAGAUGCCUUAGAAGAACAACUACAAAGAGCGCGGAAACGAGCCGAACAAUGCCUUACUUUAGAGGCAGCUAUGAUCAAAUUAAAGAGGGAAGCCAAUGAUAUUGCAUUGGAAAGGGAUGCAGAUCAACAGAAAAUCCAGGAACUUAUUGAAGAAAAUAAUCAUCUGCAGUACAUAACAAAAUCAGUAUUAAGUGAAAGCAAUAAUAGUAAUUUAGAUACGGACAACGAAGGAGAGAGUACUCUAGAAUCUGGAGAAAAUAGUUUAUCAGAACAAUUAACGAGUAACGCUCAAGCCAGGGCCUUAAAACUGGAACUUGAAAAUAAGAGACUUUUAUCAACAAUAGAUAGCCUUCGAGAACAAACAUUACUAGAAAGUAGUGAUAAAGUGCUUGAGCUAGAGAAGGAAAAGAAAAGGUUAACAUUAAAAUGUGAGCAGCUUCAAGAAAACUGUAACAGGCUUAUGCAACAAAACUCUGAGCUAGAAGAAGUGUUCAGAAAUGCUCUAGAAGAAAAUAGAAAGUUACAAGAUUCUUUCGAUAGCCAAAAAACAUUUAUAGAUCGACAAGCAAUUGAUAGAGAUUCAGAAAAGAACAAAUUACAAGAUUUUGAAAAGCAUUUGGAAUCUAUAACCAAAGAUAAACAGAGAAUUCAAAUGUUAUGUGAUUCUAUUCAAAGAAGAGCAGAUGAAUUAGAAAAGUCUUUGGAUUCUAGAACUAAAGAACUGAACAUUUUGAAGCCUGAAGCUGAUAAGGUCACUGGUCUCAUAAUUCUAACUGAGGAAUUAAAAACGAAAUUAACAUACAGUGAAAGGGACACACAUAACUUGCAGAGGGAAGUUAACAAGUUAAGAGAAGCUGUUGAAGAAAAGGAUGUAUCACUUGAUAAACUUACAACCGAAAUUGAACUCAAAAAGAAGGAAUUGGAGAGAUUAACAAGAGAACUAGAGAUAAGCCACACAAUGACAAGUAAACUUCAAGACUUAGAACAAAAGACUCAAGAGCUUAAAUCACAAAAGAAAGUAGAUUCUGAAACUAUUCAAACACUACAAAAAGAUCUUAUUUCGGAAAAGGUCAAUUUUGAUAAACUAAGAAAUUGUAUGGAUAAACUUGGUAUUAAUGCAACAGAAGUAUUAAGUAGAGAUGUUAGUAUAGAAGAUUUAUUAGAAAAAGUUAUCACAAAUGUUGAUCAUGAAGGAUUGAUAUCAGAAAUUGCAGCUAAGGCCAAUCUAAUGAAAUUGGUUCCAUGUGAUUGUAAUCAUGACAAUGUUAACGUAAACAGCAAUGACGAUAUAGUCAAUCCGCAAAUAGAGCAACUCACUUCAGAUCUUGCGACAUUGCAGGCAUCAUUAGAAAGUAGUCAAGCCGAAAAUGCUAAACUACAAGUAAACAUUGCAACUUUGAACUCUCAGAAUGGUUCCUUGAUAUCUCAACAAAUGACCCUACAGCUAGCUAAUAGCCAACUUGCUGCUGAAAAAGAAGAGAUUAUCAAACAGUUAGAAGUUUUGAAAGAUAAACAAGAUAACCUACUGAGAGAUCAAGUGGCUCUACAGACACUUCAUGAACAGCUUAACACUGAAUACGAAACUCUGCUCAGUGAAAGAGAACCUGUUAAAAUCGUUGUUAGAGAUCUAAAACUUGAAAAUCGAGAAUUAAAAGAAAAAUUGACACAGUAUGAGAAGAAGGUGUCCGAUUUGGAAACCGAAAGAGAAAACUUAAAAAUUGAAUCCAGAAACCUGGUUAAUCUUAGAGCUGAGCAUUCUAAACUCAAGGAUGACUUCAGGAACCUCUUUACAGCAAGUGAUAGACUGAAGAAUGAGUACAGAAAUAUGCAAGAAGAAUAUAGAAAUCUUAGGAGUGAAGUUACUCAACUAAAAUUAAGAAAUACUGAGAUAUCUGGUGAAAUCAAUACAAAGGUUGAGAUUAUAACCAGUAUGGAAUUAGAAAUUAAUAAGACCAACCAACAUUGUGAAAUGUUAAUUCAAAUGAAUAAGAGUUUAGAUGCAGACAGGCGUUCUUUGAUGGAUCAUGUGUCACAACUGUUGACCCAAUAUCACGAACUACUUGCUCACUCACUAAAAGAUAAACAACAUUACCAUGAAGAAGAAAAGAUGUUUGCAGAUAAAGUUAAUGCGUUGUGUCGCCAAAAAGAAAAAUUAGAAGAAAAAAUUAUGGAACAUUACAAAAAAUUGGAUAACUGCACCACCAAAAGACGUGGUUUUGGUGCGUCAUUUGUGAAGAGGGUGCGUAAAGCUGGAACAGAUUUGAUUAAUAAAGUACCAACAAGAAACAACAAACGAAUUGAAGACGCCAGUCGAUCGAAAUCUCAGCUUACGUUAGCUGGAUCGGAAUCGGGUGAAUCGGAUCCUGGUAGCCAAGAGCUAGAAAAAAUUUCGAAAAAUUCCGACCAAGAUCAAGGUUCUUCAAAUCCCAGUGCUGAGUCUCCAAGACAUAGCAUUGAUUCUAGUUUCACGAGAAGGUUUGAUGAUAAACUUUUGAAAAAAUCGGAUAAUGUUGACAUGAGUGGAUCAAUUCCAAGUUUGGAUUCAACUAGGUUGACUAGUGAAAGUAAUUUUGUGCGGAGGCUUUCUGGAACAUCGAUACACAGCGGUGGAGGCGAUGAUGCGCUUAUCAGAGCAUCGUUGAGACGACGACCACAUAAAGCAGUUCCACCUACCCACAGAAAUAGUUUCCAAGGUCUAGAAAGUGACACGGGGCUGCCGGCAGCAUCAACACCAACACCAUUUGGCACAGCAGGUACCAGACGUACGGUGUACGUAGCAGAUGAAGAUGCUAGUGCUAAUCUGAAUACUAAGCCACAAAGUACACCUAUCAAAGAAAACCCAACCUACUUGGUAUACAAUCGAAUUUCCACUGUAAUUGGUGAUGGUGCCUGUCAAAGCAUGAAUGAUCGACCAGCCACAGACCAACACAGGUCAAUGUCGGAACAUCCGAGAUCUGCAGCAGAAGAGAGUUUGCCGGAAAGAGAUGAUCUAAGGAAUGAUAGAAGGUCAAUAAAUCGGAAUGAGAAAACGGAUAACUCGAAAGAAUCGGCAAUUUGGUACGAGUAUGGUUGCGUAUGAGGUAUUUUUUGAAUGUUUAUUAACUAAUUUAGGAUGGAUGUUUGGAAUGUAUUACAGACUGAUGAGAUGCCUUGUAUUUUGAUAUUCGAUAUGAUCGCGCGGUUGGUAUAUUGCAAACAUACUUACGACAAAUUGGCAAUGUUUUGAUAAUGUGAUAAAAUACGUUAUUAUUUUAUUUUGAAACCAGUAUUAGUUGGCAUUUAAUUUGUUGAUAUGGGUGACAAUAAAUUUCCUGUUUAGCUUUAAAAACUGUAACGUAAACAUCUAUGACACGAAUAUCAGUAAAUAUUAGACAGCAUAGUACGUAAAAUUAAGUUUUCAUAGUUUCGAUGCAUCGAUAAUCAUGGUUUAUAAGGCAGCUAUAUUAUUAUUUUGAAAUAAUAAAAUUAAGUACAAACUUAAUUUAUUUUUUAUGUCGCUUGAUAUUUAUUUCAAUCUUUACACACUAAAAAACAUUUAGAGCAGCUGUUCUAAAAUAUAAAUAGCUACAAAUAGAAUGAAACCUGUAAUUAAACAUGUAAUUUUCUCUUUAGGAAUAUUUCUCCUUAGUAUAAAGUUAAUUUACAGUAAUUUUUUAGCAUAUGAUUUACCAGUGUAGUAAAGACUAACAACAUAAUAGCAUUGCGUGCUAUUUAACAGUGGAAUAAUAUUGUAAUGUAAUGUAUGGAUCAAUUUUAUUUUACAGGACCAAAUAAUUUACUAUUUUAGAUUAUAUCAAUUUUAUUUACUUUACUUUUGAGAUUAAUACUCAAACUUAUUUUGAGGCUAUGCAUGAUGCAUCUAUAAAAUUUAUGUAAAUCUUUUUUAUUCAUGUAAAUAUAAGUUUAAUUUUUUAGUUUGAUUAAUACAAUACCUACACUUUGUGAUGUUUUUCUUAGUUUUUUACCUUGCCAGUGAUAUAUGUGAAUUCUAAAAUACAUAAUAUUAUUGUAUUAUCGUUUCUCAGUGCAUGUAUUUAAUAUGCGAUCUUUCCGUACACUAUGUACCAAGCUGAAUUGUCUAAAAGAUGGGAAAAUAUAAUUUACUGAAGAACAUUAUUUUGUACGUAAUUCUUAGAAUUAAUUAAAUUUCGCAAACUUUGCGACGAAAAUUGUAACAGGUUCUGAAUGCUCUCUUUUUAAUACAUUUCUCGUCUAACAUCUGUAUAUUAAGCAACAUACUAAAAUGACAAAACCAGAGCUUUUAUAUUAGGUACCUUGAUUUUAUUAGUCAAGAUGAUGUUUUCUAUACUAAUGAUUAUAAAGUUAACCAUCAGCUUUUGGUACAUAUUGUAUGAUCUCUUUACUUACUAUAAUUUGUGUGUCAAGCACUUAUGUACAAAUAUAUUUUAUUUGUAUGUUUGUAUUAUUGUACAAGUACUUAGUGUACCUAUUGUGUAUGUUUAUCUCUAGUUUCCUUUAAUAAGAAGUUAAUGAUAUUAUUACAGUUACAGAAAUCUUUAUUAAUAUUUCAUUACACAUUUUGUCCAGUACAAACAAACGUAAUAUGACAGACUAUGUUGCAUUGUCGUACUUUGUGAUCAUAAGUAGAAUAAGUUUACUGUGUUAAUUACUUAAAAACUGAAUCUUCCUCUUGUUCAAUUUAUUAUAAAUUGGAAGAUGUGUAUUCGUUUUUCAUUGAAUUUAUUUAGCAGUUGAACUCGGCAACAGUUAUUUAAUAGCAGCAAGUACAUUAUUGUUAUAGACUAGUGCCUUUUGAUGCCCCAUAAUUUGAUUUAAUUGAAUGUUAAUAGUGUAUUCAUUUAUUGGUACUAAAGAUGGUGCUUUUCAUCACUGUGAUGAAAUCAUUACAGAAAAUUGUUUAAAAUGUAAUUAUAAUAUUUAUUUGGUAAAGUUAACAGCGUUUGACAAAAACUGCCCGACUUCCAUAUUCUUUUGUAAUAAUUGAAGGAAAGGCUUACUUUUUACUAAUUUAGGUGAAGCACAAAUAUGUACUGAUUUAUUAUUUCUCCAUGGACAUACAAUGACUUAUGAUUUUAACUCCAUUUAUUUGAUAUUAUUUGUAAUUUACUUAAUUAUAGUAAGGUACUUAAUAAAUGCCUCUCACCGAAUUUAUAUUUUAGCACACAUUUAACUUCUCGAAUACAGUUCUUAUUAAACAUUG